CUAGCCAACCGUUACUAUUGAUACUUUGCUCGAGUCGGGCGAUAUGACAAGCGUUGUGCCCUUCUCUAUAAGCGAAGAACUCUAUGAAAAACUACAUGCGGGCCCUGGAGCCUCCACGCUCAGCCGCGCACAUACAUCGAAUACGCAGAAACACAAAGAUUACUUCCCAGGUAUUCCACGAAUCCCCUUGCCCAAUGUGGGAAAUCAGUCUCGAGUCCAAGAUGAAAUCUGCGCACACCUACAGAAUGAGCUCAUUACCGGCGAACUCAAUAAGUUUUCCCCUUACCUCUGGCUUGUCGCAACCCAGGACAGCUCACACAUAUCGUCUCUGACGCACCAGAUCGUACGUGGAAGGAACAUUAUCAUAACCGAGAAACCAGAUCUACAUCUAACGUGGGUGUAUGAUCGCGUAUAUCUCAAGCCCAUACCAAAGGUUCUUCUAUCAUACACAUUCUGGACGAUGUAUCUUCUCGACAAUGACAGCAGUUCAUCCAUUCUGUCGUCAAAGUCACAGGUUGUAGAAGCAGCAAAGGGAUAUCUGAGAUCAUAUUCCUACCUUGUUCGUCACCGCUCCGACUUCUAUGUCGCACGGGAAAAGGGCCUCAUACCUCGACACACGCGCUACGCUGAACUCAUAAGGUUUCUCCAGAGGUUUGAGACGAUACCAGAUAGUGAUGUCUCGCCACGAUAUCACUUCGGCGAACUCCGAGUCGGAAGACUGAACUUCUGGUUCAAGGUCAUCUUUCGGCGCUUCGCGUUCCAGAAGAUCCAUGCUGACUAUACGACCUAUUUUGCACGGUUCUAUGGGCCGUUCCUGUUUGCGUUCUCUGUGCUGAGCAUCGUCUUGAGUGCUAUGCAGGUGUUGUUGCAAGCGAAGACAGCGGAGCCAAGUCUGGCUGGGACGGUUGUCCACGGGUUCUCAAUCUCCGCGAUGAUCUUUGUCGCCGUUGUCGUCGCAGUAUUCGUGGCCAUGUUCAUCUUACUUGCUAUGAGGGAGAUCUUGUUUGCUUGUGCGGACUUGAGGAGAAAGAAGGUCAAGAAAGCUUCACAGUGCUGAUGUAAUUCAGUUAGUAUCGGAAGUAGCGCUCAGGCUCAGUAGCGACUACCCG